AUGAGUGUCUCCACACGAUCACCAAAUACGCACCAGGCGUGCGAUCUGUGUCGACUCCGAAAAAUGAAAUGCUCCAAAGAGUAUCCUCAGUGCCAAAAGUGCAAGGAACAGAAUUGGAAAUGUGUAUAUUCCCUUAAAACCAUAAGAUCACCGUUGACAAGAACUCACUUGCUGAAAGUGGAAGACCGUGUGAAAGCACUAGAGAAGUUGCUUGUCCGGUUGCUUCCAGGAGAUGUAGAGAUAAAUGACUUGCUCCGCGCUUCAGAAUCCAACUCAGACAUCAAGGAAGAAGUAGAAACUAUCGACAACCCGCAGUUCUAUAAGCAAAUCUCUUUGACCACUGAAGAUUUGAGCAACAUACCUAUCACCUUCAAGAAUAUUAACAAAAUCAGUCGGGAAAAGGUCCAGAAAACUCCGCUGGAACAGACUCUCGAUUACCAGCCUGAAGAUUACUUGAUAGACUUGGAAAAGUCAGACUUGAACCAGUAUGAUGAAAGGGAAGACAGUCUCAACAAUAACAUCAGCAAUAUUGACCAGCCGUUAUACUCUCCUAAUACUGAUGGAAUGGCUGUUUUGUCGAACGACAUAGGACUCAACUACGACUCACCUAAAUCCAAUGGUUAUUUCGGGAUUAAUUCUACCAAUGGUUUGCUUAAGUUUCUUCUGUUGAAAUCCAAGAAGACUGGUGGAAAAGAUGUAGUCCUCAAUUUAAACAACUUUAGCUAUAACGAUGAUGAGGAAGAGGAAGAGGCAGCAACGGUGCUUGAUGUCCAUCUAAACGAAAUAUGGAAAGGAAUCAACUCUGGUAGAAUCGCUGACUUGUUGGACAAUGCAGCCUUCCAGACUCUCGCUGUAUCCAGCUAUUUCGAUAUUUACCACAAUGCGUACCCGUUUGUAGACAAGUCGAAGUUCAUGAAGCAGUUUAACGCCAUGAUCAGCGGUGAUAACCCCAGCGAGUAUGACUAUGCCAAGAUAGAAGACAACGAAAAGAAGUUGAGUUUCCAUGUCCUAUUGAACACCAUUCUUGCUAUAGGUAUAUGGUGUAUCAGUGGAGAGAGCUCGCGUGUCCACACAUACUACUAUCAGCGAGUAAAGAACUUACUUCAGCUUAUCAACGUAUUCGAAUACAGCGACAGCCAGUUGUUCGUCAGUUACGUCUUGUUGAGCAACUAUGUCCAAAAGAAUAACAAGCCCAAUACAGGCUGGAGUUAUCUAGGAUUAUCUGCUAGGGUUGCAACAGCCUUGGGAUUACACAAGGAGGUUAAACUUGACCAGUUCAUAGACCACACUAAUGGUGAUAGCCCUAGAACAAACUUAAAGUUGUACAAGGAAAUUGAGCAUAGAAAACGUCUUUGGUGGGGAAUGUAUUUUUUUGACGUCGGAACAACGUUAACUUUUGGUAGACCGUUGACAAUUCCUGCUUUGAACACUAUUGACUUGGAACCGGUUCUCAAUAUUGAUGAUGAUAUUCUUAACUACGGCAACAUGUCACGAAUAGAAGACGCUGAGGUUAAGUAUCCUACCAUCUACACUGGUUUGAUUUACGAGUCAGAGUUAACUAAAAUAUCCACAAGAAUAUACAACUACAACUCAUCAGUGCUCAAGUUGAAGAACGACUUGUCCAAGAUGAUCGGUUUGUUGGAUAUGAACGAACUCUUGGAAGACUUUGUGGGGAAGCUUCCCUUAUAUUUCAACCAGAAUGACGAAAUUUCCACUCCGAACUUGUACCAACAAUGGCAGAAUACCAAAUAUGCAGCACAGCCUAUCCCCAAGUGGUUUUCGUUGACAAGACUCAGAUUAAAUUGUAGAAUCAAGAACUUGCAGAUGUUGAUAUUCAGAUAUAUCCUCUGGGAGUCCAACGAAGGGUUUGAGGAUCCUAACUUUAUUGCCUUGAUCAAGAGAUGCCGUAACAUAUGUUUCAAGUCUUCAGUAGAGACUAUUGAGAUGGUUGCCAAGUUCUUGGAGAAAUUUGAAAUCGAUCGCUUAACUGCCUGGUACUUGACGUACUUCUUGUUCCAAGCUGUUUUAGUUCCUAUUUUGAAACUUGGAAUUAAAGAUAUCGGCUUGGAUAGAACAGAUGAGGUCUACUACAGAACCGACGAUGUCAUCUCCCGAUAUAUCGAUAUUUCUCAACGUUCAUUUAACAAAUUGAAGCCUUACAACAAGUUGGCAGGCAAGUUCGUCAAGAUCAUCGACAUUCUUACGACAAAGGAUAGAGAGGCUACAAUUAACUACGAGAGCCUUUUUGCAAUUGAGCCAAACAAUGUGUCAUUGUUUGACAGUAUGGAGGAUUUCUUCAAUUUCGAAAACGAUGUCAUGCAAUUUAAAUAG